CAUCUUCAACGGUUAUUCAGGGCGUCUUGUCGCUUGUGGUUCUGUCUCUACACGGAGAAAACCUUUCCGCGGACCUCGGCGGGUAUUCCAGGUGUCAAUAACAAUGGAGAAUGAUGAGGGAGAGAAGAUGAAUGAAGGUGAAUCAGAGCCAGUUCCUCAACCACUGUGCCGCUUCUACUCUCAAGGCAGACACUGCAGUUAUGGGAAGAGAUGUAAAUUUCUGCACGUAAGAGAAGACACCAGAGCUCAUGAGAAGACAACUGUGAGCCUGACCGAUCUCGUGCCUUUAAACUUACCAGCCCCUGCUGAAGAUGUGGGCCACAGGCAGUCUCCCACCAGUAACUCCAGAUUUGCCCCAGCAGCUUCCCAUCGCCCCUGUCGCUACUUUAUGGCAGGUCACUGCAGCAUGGAGGACAGAUGUCGUUUCUGGCAUCCACCGCAGUUACUUUCACUGAAUGACCAGCCUGUUCCUGGCAAUCACACAAGAGCCCCACAGAGGAUCCGACCUGUAUCCCGCCCCGGUGCCCUCCAGGAGGUGAAGUUGGGUGACAUGACAGAGGACGUUGCCAAGCAGCUACGAGAUACUGAGAUCACACAGAUGAAGAAGCGCUUUCCUAAAGACCAGCUGAUCAUUCAGGAACGAAGCGAUGGCAAACUGACAUAUUACAGGGCGACUGUAGAGGCUACUGAUCCAGACUGGCCUUUUGAUCUGAAAGAAAUCGAUAUCAUGGUGAGCUUCCCGGAUAAUUAUCCCCAAGAGAUUUUUACAUUGGACAUACCGCUGGACCAGGAUCUGCCACCAGCAAUGUCAAAGCAUGUACAGCAAGCGUCGUUGGAGUGGCUUCAAGCUAAACAUGCAACAAACCAGCUUCUGGGAAAGGUGGAGCUGCUUUUCCGGCCUUUUCUUCGCUGGCUUGAUCGCAGCUUGGAGAGACUGUUCACCGAAGGAGCCAGACAGUUGAAAAAAGACAUCGACAUCGAAAAAGCUGGACUGCAGUUUAUAACAUAUCAGGAGCUGCAGGCAACAGCGAGUGAAAGGUCUGCCUCUGACGUUGCUGCUGCUGAUGCAGAAGAGGAUACCGGUAAUGUGGGAGAAACUGAGAAUACAGAAGGUGAGAAGUUAGUGCAGGAGGAGAGUCCAGGCUUUGAAGACGGACUGCAGCAGGACGAAGCAAGUCAUCUGGUGGAGAACAUUAAGAUCAGUGAUCCACGCAGAGGCACAGAGGUGAAGCUGCUGGGCCUGAGACUGGGAGACAACACUGCCACUGUGGCUGCCCAGCAGAUCACCGUUUGCCUUCAGUGUAACAGGUGUAAGGUAACUGCAGACCUGACACUCAACGGAAGGACUCCCUGUGCAGCUCAGUGCGAUAAGUGUAAUGCAAGCAUAAAUGCUGCAUUCAGGCCCUGCAUGCUUCACCAUUACAGUGACGUCCUGGGAUACUUGGACCUCCACAACGCUGCACCGUCUGACCUCGUACUUCAGGACUGUGAACUCACCGUGGGCUGCCUGACCUGCUCCCAGGAGGGCCCUGUGCAGAACCUUUUGUAUGGACAAACAAAGGAGUUUAAUUGUGAACACUGCCACAGCAAACUCAGCAUCCUGGCUGAGAGCACAAGAUUUCAGUACAUCCCGCCUCGUACCAACAAAACAGGUUCCACUGAAGUACGUUACAAGACGAUAAGAGAUCCUGCUGUGCAAAAGGGGAAGCCACUGCCGGAAAAGGGAACAUGCAAACAUUACAAACAGAGCCAUCGUUGGCUAAGGUUUCCCUGCUGCGGCCGGACCUACCCCUGUGAUGUGUGCCAUGAUGAGAACCAGGAUCACCCCAUGGAACUCGCCACCAGGAUGCUUUGUGGUUACUGUGCCAAAGAACAGCCGUACGGCAACGGAAAGCCUUGUGUCAGCUGCGGGAGCAUGAUGACGAGAGGCACGAGGACCAGCCACUGGGAGGGAGGACUGGGAUGCAGAAACAAAGUCAAAAUGAGCAAAAAUGAUCGUCAAAAAUAUGCCAACACCAACAAAACGGUUUCCAGGAAAGCAACCAGUGAAAAGAAGUAGUUGGUGAAAAAGAGCCUUGUUGCCUUAAUUUGUGAACAGAUGAUAUGAUACACAAAUCAAAUCAAGAUUUCAAUGAAAUUAUACAUUUUUCACAAUAAAUCAUGUUGUUAUGAUCAAA